GCAGAAUCAUAAGCCUCCAAAAGAGAGGGAAAUUUAAACUGCCCGGACACUUCAUUUGGACCGCUGUCAAAACAUCUGUUGAUGCACAAAAAAUGCAAUAAAAACAUCGAUUGCGACCAAUCCUGUCGCUCAAGAGCAUUAAAUGAAAACGUCUACUCGGGAAUAACUCGUAAUGUUACAGAAUGGAGUUUUGCCACGAUCAGCUUUUAGACUCACCCUCCAAAAACAGUUACAUCGGGAGCUAUCACCAGCCUCCAGACAAGAUACUACCAAUUCCCGCAGAAGCACAGCCCUCCUCCAAAGGUGUAGGGCUACCGACGGACAGUCCUGCACAUCCACAAACCAAAAGGAAUAUUGACAGAAAGGCUGUCGAGAAUGCACUGAGGACCCUCCAGGAGAAAAUCAGACGGCUUGAGAAGGAACGGGCACAAUCAGAGAAGAGCCAACCACCGUUAUUACAGGAUGCUGAGGAGCAUCAGCCUGUCACGACGACAUCAUGUGACAGCCAAACAUCAACUAGCCAAGACGCCGCAAACAGGAGAGAGCUGGACUCCAAGCUGCAGUCUGCAGAGUCUCGCUGUAAGAUGCUGGAGAAGCAGCUGGACCACAUCAUGAGGAUGGUGGAAACUGCGAGGAAGGAGAAGGGCACUCCAAUCAUGGAGAAUGAGCGGCAGGAGUGGCCGAGCAGCUUGGAUGACCAAAUUCAGCGGGAAAAGCUCGAGAAACUGGAAUCGGAGUGUCUCAAAUUGAGCAGGACCCAGAACAUGUCGGAGAUGAAGCUUGCCGUUCUGGAGCAGAGGCUCCUAAAGGAGGAACACGAGCGCAAACUUGUCCAGGAGAAAGCGGGCCAGCUGCAGAGAGAGCUGGACCUCAGCCUCCGGUUGUCUUCACAAGCUUCCCAGCAGGCAAAGCCACAAACGACCACAAAGAAAGUCACAGUGAAAACCCCCAGACAUAAUGAGAUGACGUCACCAAGGCAUAAAAGAAUCCCUUUUGUAGCAGGGACGUCAACAAGCCCAAGCCACUCUGUCCACGCCAACGUGCAAAGUAUUCUACACAUGAUGAAACACCACCAGCCUCAGCUGUGCCAGAGAGUCAGCGCCCUGCACCGGUCAGGCUGCGGAGCAAGGAAGAGCCUCCAAAUGGACGUUCGCACAACUCCUGCCCGGUGCGACGGAGAGCUGGAACACCAAGAUCAGUCGCUGGGCUCGCUGUCGGACCUGCUCUUGGCCCUGCAGGACGAGCUGGGACAGAUGGGCUUUGAACAUCAGGAGCUGGUGCAUCAAAUUGAUGCCACCCGGCAGUGUGAGCAGAGGCGGGACCUGCAGAGAGAGCUGGAAGCUUUGGUGGAUAGAAUGGACAAAAAGGGAGCGCAGAUCAGCAAACUACGGAAACACCAGCAGACGGUCCACAUUCUGACCCAGCAGCCGAGCGCCAACAAGAUGGCUGCGAAGCCAAAAGGGAUCAGGCUGUCGGCAUCUUCUCCGAUCCCGAAUAAGCAGCAGGACAAGCAAUGUGUCGGCGCUCAAAAAAACCUGCAAAUUCUCAGAGAGUCACAGAAGUUGCGCAACAGCCUAAAACAAGACGACAUCUCCUGGGAGGUUUGAUGUUUUUCCCCCAAGGAUGACUACAUUGAAUCGUGUUUUUAAAUCUGUUUUACCUUUUGUGAGGUUGUGGUAUGACAUUUGAGAUAAUCUGUGUACAUUAUGUAUUCUACCAUUUUAAUAAAGUUUAUU